GUCCCGCAUUUGCGCCGCCUACACUACGCAGCUCGGCCAUUGCUAAUAGCCACCCAUCACUCACAGAGAGGACCAGCCAAGCACAGUCGGGAAUGCGUUAAGCUCCGGCAUCAGCUCCCAUGUUCAUUGGGACUGUUUUUUUUAUGACACUUCAGACUGAGUGACUGCAGACUGGACGACUGUUCUAUUACGUUCCGCCGCCGCGAUGCGCUCGCGCCUCUUUCUCUUCCGCCGUGGCGGCGCCCGGAAGCUUCUGCGGACGUUUGCGCAAAGCACCGCUGUCCGCACUGAUCUCCGUCGUCGACCGCAAAUCCCCUUCCUCUCGGUUCCGACCGCGCGCACGCGGGUGCGCUACUUGACAACGGAGCGCAGGGCCCAGCUAAAGUACGAGAUCAAGACGGGCAUCAAAUACACGGGCUACAUCUGGAUUGCCGGCUUCUCCUUGCUCGCCGCCUGGUUCGCCAUCGUUCAGGAGCGCCUCGAGCGCAGGUAUCCCACCCCCCACGAAUGGAGCUUCAGGACGCGCAUGGACCUCCGCGGCGGCAACUGCGCCCGCUAUGAGCCGAUGCCGGGUAAGGUCACCGACUGGUUGCAGGUGGCCUGGUGGUUCGAGACGACACUCAAGCGCCUGCAUGACCCCAACAUCGACGGCAGGGAUGUCAAAGAUGCGCCGCACGAGUGUCCGCCAGGGACAAAGGACGUCACUGCCAAGUCGGAGGAAUGGAGGCGGGGCUACUUUGAGGCUAUGAUGGGUUACGCUAAGGCCGCCGAGCACAUGGACGGCUGGGUGCUAGAUAAGUCGCGGAAUAUCGUGUUUCCUCCGGGAGUCAUGAUCGGGCCCUCAAAUCCAUUCCCGAAACCGCUACCCCCCGGCUUCAAGGGUGCGCCGAGAGAGGAAGACUGCGAACUGCGCUUCGAUUCGCCGGACGACAUCUACGUCCGGAUCCUGUCAACCCCUGGAUUCACAAAUCGGCAGAAGAUUGAGGCCGGCCUGGCCUAUGCUUCCUGGCUGGACUACAAGGGCAUCGCCGGCCCGGCAAUGAUCGUAUUCGAGGAUGCCGUGCGCCUAGCUGCCUCCGAACGGCCCAAUCUCCCAGCCGAGCCGCUCGACAGGACGACCUGGACGCUCAAUGAAGCCGCGGGCCCACCCUCCGAGAACCUCCUAAACACACUCACGGCCUACGCCACCUUCCUCGCCCGCCAAGGCAACAUCUCCGCCGCCCUUCCCAUGCUAGUCUCCAUCCUCAGAGCCCGCCGCAGCCUUCCUUCCCCCGGCUCAGCAUCCGCCACAUCUUCUCUCGCCGCCACCCUCAACACCACCCCUCCCAACAGCAGCAGCAGCAGCAGCUACACUCCCUGGUCCCUGAUCAAGAAGCUCUUCUCCCCUCCCCCCUACCCCCCUCCCCCGCCAGACGGAACCUCCCCACCGGUCCGCGACCCGCAAGACCUCUGCCAGGAGGCAGCCCUGAGUCUGCACGUUGGCGAGAUCAUGUACACCUCGUCCGCCGCCAGCCGCGAGGAAGGCCUCGGCUGGACCCGCGAGGCCGUCGACCUAGCCGAGGAACAGCUCCACAAACUGCCGCAGAAUGCCCACGAGCGUGCCGACUCGGCGCGGUCGACCUGCCGCGAGUGCCUCGAUACCGGGCUGGGCAACUGGGCGACCAUGGUGGCGAAGCUGGCGAGGGAGGAAAAGGCGAGGAAAGAGGCUUCGUCGGCUCCGCAUGGCGCGAGCAGGUGGUUUGGGAGUCUAUGGGGGGAGAGCGGCGCUGGCGUGGCGAAGGCGGAGGACACGGAUCGGUGGGCGGCGGAGGAGAAGGUUAUUGAGGAACGGCAGCGGCGGGCGAGGGAUUUGCUUGAGGAUCUGACGCCGCCUCCGAGGGGGAUACUCUCGUUCUUGCAGGCUUGAUCUUUACCGCUCUGACGGAAGAGACAUAUCUAGUAUGUACGAGUACAAGGGGGGCUAUCCAGGGUGUCGUGUGGACUGAAUUCAUCGUACCAUGGCGGUGUCCGGUCCCGGAGGAGUAAACAACGGUGGCAGAUUCGGGAAUGUGUACCUACCUUGGAGAGGGCACACAAGUGAUAUCACUUGAUAUUUGGGAACAUAUACGGGGUAGUUAGGUCCUGAGAUUGAGAAACUACGGUAUCUGGCCGAUUACUAGUUGCGUGCAUCGAUAGUAACCCCUUCUCCGGGGACUUAACUGAAGGAUGCCACCCGCGCCGACCUAACCGGUGAUCUGGACAUCAU